AUGGCUGACGAUGAGGACGACAUCGUUUGGAUUCGAGAAGAAGAAAAAGAGCCGGUGACUCCAACAACACCAGUAACUGUCAUUGAAGAUCUGCCUAAAUUGACGGAUGCUUCUGACAGAAACGGGUCGAAUCAACAACAACAGCAGCAGCAAACGCAACUCUCAUCCAAUUCGGAGCCGACUCCGGAAGCUGUUACAGUUAAGACGAACGACGGUGCGUCUGCCGCCGCUGCCGCUGCUCCAGCUAUUCUUCCCGAAGUGACAAUUUCCGAAGCACCAGACCACAACGAUCGAGAUGAGACGGAUCGUCUUUCGACGAAAAAUAGCGCUUCGAGACCUCCUGAUACGCCGACAUCUUGCGACGAAAGCAUGUCAUUUGAUAUUAGUGAAUACGAAAGAAAUUUCAAUAAGACGACUCAAGAAGCGAAAGAAUUGCUCGAUAAAAUGGAGAAACAGUCGAAGUUCGUUGAGGAGAACAACAAAGAAGCCGCAAAAGACCUUCGCCACUUGCAAGAUGAGUUCAACCGAACCGGAAUACCGGAAGUCGUCCAUAAAACAAUUGAUGAUGUUUCUCAAGUGCCGACGGCCACCGAACUUCCAUCUGGAGGCCUUCCAAAAAACGUCGAAUCGGUUUUGAUCGGCGAGGGAGUACUCGAAGAGAUCACAGGAACCCUUGUCCUUCCCAAUGGUCUUGUGCUCGUCACCGACGAACGAGCCGGAAUCUUAUUAUUCAAUCUGGAAGGCGACGUCGUCGCCAAAAUCAAUCCUCCCGAAUUCCGACGAUUCUGGAGUCCAGUUUAUCAUAAAGAGCAUAUCCUGAUUCUUGCUGAUGCACAAAAUGCCGAUUCGCACUGGGUUCGGCACGUUAUCAAAUUCACUGUUGAUCUACAAUAUGUCGCCAAAAUUGAAUGUCCAGCGUGGUUAGCCGAAUGCACAAUUCUUCGGGAAAGACUCAGCAUUGCGUAUACGGAUUAUCUCUACUUAUGCGUUUGUGGAGAGACAUUCUCCGGAAUCUACGAGCUCACUCCAAUUGGACAAUGGACUGAACUCGAGUACAAACUCUCUGAAGCUUAUAUAGACAUGUCAGCAUUUGCAACGAUUGGACCAAUCACUCAAUUAUUAGUGGUUGAAGGCCGAAAAAAUUAUGUAUUACUUGUAUCGGUGCGCGAAUCGCAGAUUGUCGAUAAGAAGCGAAUGGCAAUCUGCGAGAGACCGGGUGCUCUUGCUCGAGAUGAAGCUGGCCGACUAUUUGUGGCAAAUCGAUUCUCGGCCAGCAUUCAGCUUGUCGACACUGUUCGAUGGGCCAGCGAGAAGAAUGUAGCGAUUAGUGAAGCAUUUGUUCGACAUUUCACAGCCGCCUGGGGAUUAUUGGCAAUUCCACUCAAAAAUUCAGUUCGUCUUCAGCGAUAUUCAUUCAGAUCACUUCGCUAG